AUGGAGUCACAAGAUGAUUUGGCCCCAACCUUUUGUAUUGGACAACAUGAAACUCGGCGCACUGUGCCAGUAUCGCCUCAACUAGUCCAGUUGGCGCAAGAGGGUAAUUAUGAUCUACUCACAACCCCCAUCACGACUCCUCUUUUCCAUUCCCGCGUCCUUACGCUGCUUUCUACCCACCUAUCUGACUCGCGCCCACCUGUUCUCGACCCGACUUUAACUUUGGGAACGUCACAUAAUACUAGUCCUGUGACGGUCCCGCCACUUUCACCAGAAGAUACUUUCUUGACGCCAAAUGAGUCCACAAGCCAGUUGGUUGGUGUCACUAGUCCUUGGAUAGAUCUCUGUUCUCCAGAUCCUUUGAUAGCAGACAUAUCUCGCCAAGUAUUGAACCUGGAGGUCGCCUACGCUGCGUUUUGCGGCGUCAGUUUCGUUAUCAUCCCAGGCCCAAGAUUGCACCAUGGAAAUGUGCACGGGGAAGGUCUGAUGUAUUAUGCUCGCGCAGUUCAGGAUAUUUUGAAUAUCGGGCUUUAUAUCCAAGUGCAUAUCUGGUUUGGUAUGGUAGAUAUCCCGGAUCUGGAAACUAGCAAUGUUGGUGACCUCGCCCCCUUUGCUAGAGCGGAUUAUCUUAUUGUAGGAAACUACUCACCCACCAAGGUGGACUUAUUUGCUUUAUCGAUCCCAAAACACCUUCCGCUUUUGUCUGUACAGGCACGAUGGCAUGCUGAACAAGUCCAUAUCCUCACAAUCGCAGGGUCGUCAUUCAUCAAGAACCAAAAAGGGUUUCCCGUUUUGCCCAAGGCGCACCAGGCCAUGAUUGCUCGCAUGAUGCAGCUCCGCAUCCCACCGUGGAUUAUUCUUUGCGAUGUUGGCCCGAUUCCCGGGCUUGAGAUUGGUAAAUCGGGCUCUGAGACUGAUUCGACCCCCGGAAUCAGCCCCCGAAUUGAAGCUGAGGAAGCCGAUCCUACCCCCGCGGAAGCGCACCGGAAUUUCAGAUCUGGGUCUAAUAAAAAGAAUUUUGACCCAACCCCUCACCUGUCUUAUAUGAGAAAUCUCCAGCAGAAACAGCCUGCUCGGACUCCUAUGGAGCGAUUUGGAGUUGGAUAUCAAGAUUAUUUACAGGCUCCACUCCAGCCCCUUACCGUUAACUUGGAAAGCAUAACUUACGAGGUGUUCGAGAAAGAUCCCAUUAAAUACGAAUGGUAUGAGCGUGCAAUUGCCAAGGCUUUGAAAGACUGGGCGGAACAGGGAAAGCCAACCUGCCAUCCAGAAGGCCAUGUGGUGCUUGCUGUAGUUGGUGCUGGACGAGGUCCCUUGGUCACCCGAGCUAUUCGCGCGAGUGUUGAAACAGGCGUGGCCAUUGAAGUUUGGGUUGUGGAGAAAAACCCUAACGCCUUCGUUCUGUUACAACGGCAUAACGAGGGUUUGUGGGGUGGUUGUGUGAACUUGGUGAAAUCAGAUAUGCGCAGUUGGAAAGGCCCGCACCAUCUGGCUCCUGAGUCUGAACCCAAGAAAAGUGCCAGCGCCAGCAAACCGACAAGCGAGGGAGGAGGUAAUGGAGGAGGCCAGAGUACUCAGGGCGGUGGAAACACCUCGUCGCCGCGCCCCAGUGAAUCCCCAACACCAAUAAUAAAAUCAGCGUGGUCAUUCUCGCACCCCAACAUCAACGCGCCGCCGCCUUCCCCAGUUUCAUCCACAAUCUCCAACGCGCACAACGUCCGACGAACCAGGUUAGCGUUCCCCUGUCGAGAACGGGGUACCUGCCAUGGCCUCGCCGGCUAUUUCGAGACCGUCCUGUAUGAUGAUGUUGAGCUAUCGACGAAUCCAGUGACGAUGGAUGCCAAGAGUGCCGGCAUGAUAAGCUGGUUCCCGAUUUACUUUCCGCUCAAGACCCCUCUCACCGUCCCCGCCAACUCCGAAAUCGUCGUAACCAUGUACCGCCAAACCGACAACCGAAAAGUUUGGUACGAAUGGAUCGUCGAGGUAUUCGCGCGCGAUACAUUGUCGCCCCUACCAGCAACAACUACAAGCGGCGCAUCGUCGCAGCCGCAGCAACCUUCCUCUUCCGCUUCCUCUUCCUUACCACAUCCACCACCACCACCACCACCAUCGCCAUCACCAUCAUCAACGUCCCCGCCAGCCAGAGCUGAGAAAGGCACCGAUGUCGACAAGGACAAAGCGGCCGGGGACUUCAGGAGAGUGCGUGUCGCGAUGAGUGAGCUGCAUUCUAGUAUCAAGGAUGGUUGUUUGAUGUAA